UUCCAGGAACGGCAUAAUUUUGGCGCACAAAUUUGGAUUCUUUGGACUUUGCCGGAUCUCAUUUGUCUUCAACUGCCUCCCAUUACAGAAAAAGGAAUUCAGAAGCAAAGCGACGACCCUACUUAUGCUAAAUCGGGCUUGCUGUUUGAUACGCACUUCGAUCAUGGAAUCUAAAUCCCCGUACUUCUCUCCGAAGAAGACUCGCAAUUUUGCGAAGCAACAGGGUCUAAGUUUGCUCCAGAAGGUAACUCGCGCCACAAAGGGUGCGGAAGAGAAACAGGCCAAACCGAAGACUGCACCACGUGCGACAAAAGCGAAAAAAGAACCACAAUCGGAAGCCGUAGCAGAGAAAGUAGAGCCUGGCAAAGGGCGUAAGCGAAACAUUCGCACUGAAUCGGCUCCCGUUAAGACGCCAGACGUUCAAAUCAAGGUGGAACCAGUUGCUGAGGAAGAGCUUGAACUUGUUGGCUCUACAGUAAAUGAGACAACACCGCGCAAGGCGGAACCGAUCGAGGAUGGGUCACCUGUUAAGGGGCAAGUAGAGGAUGAUGUAGGAUCUGGUUCACCGGGAGUUCUGGAUGCGAAAAAGAAAUCACUGACGGAUACGGAAGUGAUCAAAGUAGAGCCUGGCAAAGGGCGCAAGCGAAACAAUCGUACCGAAUCGGCGGCCGUUGCGAUGACCGAUGUUAAGAUCAAGGUGGAACCAGUUGUUGAGGAAGAGCUUGAACUAGUGCGCCCUACAGUAAACGAGAAAACGCCAAUCAAGCAAGAACCAUUCGGAGACGGGUCACCUGUCAAGAGGCAACUAGAAGAUACUCUCGCUUCACCGGGAGUACCGGAGAAGGAAGUUAAAUGGGAACCAGUCAACUGGUAUCAGAUGUUGGAAAAUAUCCGACAAAUGCGCAAAGACAAUCCGGCUCCGGUCGACACGAUGGGAUGCGAUCAGUUCGCACAAGACACGGAUAACUUGAUUCCGGCGCGCGAGAAGCGAUUCCAUUGCCUGGUAUCGCUGAUGCUGUCCGCCCAAACGAAGGACACCGUGAACCAUGAAUGCAUGAUGCGCUUGAAAAAGCACGGAUUGACUCCCGAAUCGAUCGUCAACACCGAUGCCGGUGUGUUGGAAAAACUGAUCUACCCGGUCAGCUUCUACAAGAACAAAACCAAAUACAUCAAACAAGCGUCACAGAUCCUGCUGGACCAGCACGGCGGAGAUAUUCCGGAUAGCAUCGAGGGACUGCUCAAGCUGCCCGGUGUGGGCAAGAAGAUGGCCCACCUGUGCAUGGGCUCCGCCUGGAACGUCGUUACCGGUAUCGGUGUCGAUACCCACGUACAUCGUAUCUCCAACUGGCUCAAGUGGGUGCCGAAAGAAACGAAAACGCCGGAAGAUACGCGCCAGGCGCUCGAGAAAUGGCUUCCCUUUGAGCUGUGGGAAGAGGUGAACCAUCUAAUGGUGGGCUUUGGGCAGACGAUUUGCACCUCCACUUAUCCACGCUGCAACGAUUGCAUGAACGCUCCGAUCUGUCCGGCACGCGGUAAGCACGGCAUCCGUCGCACCCCGAUCAAGAAGGAGAUUAAGGCGGAAGAUUUGGAGUUUUAAUUAAGGUCAACCACGAUGCAGAAUACCAUACCCCAGCCUGCACGGAGCACCCUUGAACAGUACAAAGUACAUCAUUGCGUUCCCAUAUUUGUUUCGUUUCGUUUGAAAUAAAAUACUCUCUUCUUUCGAUAUUAACA